UCCUUCUCUCCUUUUGCGUUUUGCAUCUUGCGAUGUCGAGACAGUUUGUUUGUUUAUCGCAAACUACUUAGUAGUACUUAGCUGGCUCGAUCUGCUGCUCGUACUUGGUACAAUUACUGUGUACUUAGAUUUUUUUUGCCAUGUUUUUCAUCACAAAAUGCGAUUGCCGAAUGGGCAAGUUUCAAAAACUUCCAUUUUGCAUUAUGGACGUCCCCUGAUUGAGAUUUUUCUUUGUGAAGUAAAAGGAAAAGCAGCUCCAUCACCUUCAAGCAGAGUGCUCAAAAAGGGGAGGAAUCCAUCAAAGUCCGAACAGGACACCGCGAGGACACGACAAACCUCGAGCUCAUUUGCUGGCCGACAGCAAAUCAUUACAGCGUCACUUUUCUUGGAGCCGGGGGCGGGCCAUUUUCGACGGACUGUUCUCACACCGUGUGGGUCGGGCCGGCAGAUGUGCUGCGAGCCGGGCCUAACGCUAACACGCGGGUUCAGCAGCUCGACGAGUUCGAGUUCUUCGUCAUCUGCACCAUCCCCUGCGCGGACGCCGAACGGUGGUACAGAUGGAGGAACCUCCAGCACCGUAGGUUCUCUCGCAGAUCCGAGCGAGCUGAAGCGCAAACUGCUUGCGAAGGCUAAAAAGUACACGAUUUCAACAAGUAGUGUGGAUUCAUUAUCCACCAGUGCAGCAUCAGUAGCGCGUGAAGAAGAUGCAGAAAUAGACAAGAAGGCGGGCAAAAAGAAACAGAAAAAUAAGAAGGCGAAGAAGAGCAAGGCCAAGCAAGAAAGUUCGCAGGCGUCGGCAACAUCUUUGAAGGUAGAAAAUCACAAGGCAGCAUUUGAAGUCAGAAGCUCAUCAUGUCUUCAUUCAGAGACGACGGCGAGAGCAUCGCUUCCGGCGGCCGGCGACAGCGACGCGACUACGAGUACGUCGAAAGAGACAGUAAAUAAGCACGAAAAAAAGAAAUCGAGCUUGAGCCAAGGAGAGGACAAGAAUGCAGCAAUGAAGCGGACUGACAACCAGCGCGAGCCUGACAACGCCCCGAUUAGAAGUACCGGAGGGAAAAAGAAAGCUAAAAAGAGAAAAAGCUCGUCUGCAACUUCCGGGUCGACUGAGAAGAUAGGGGUCGCGGAUUCGGGGACGAGGACGACAGUGCCUUCUGUUGCAGGGAUAAUCACGACGAAAAUGCCCACGACCACAAGUGGGCACGUACAGGCCACUGCCAAUGUGUGCCGCGCUCCGUUAGUGCACAAUACCGCACUUGUUGGGGCGGGAACUUCUGCAGCGUCAACAACAGCAGCAGCACCGAUCUGCAAAAGUGUGAAUACAGCUUCAAAUAAACCCGUCCUCGCGCACGCGGCCAUGCAGCAGCCAAAAGGCAUCGGCCACCGAGUGUCCUCCACUAAGUCCUCCACUAAGAGCACCCGUGCCAAGCAGAGGAAACAGGUGAGAGCGAACGUGGGCACCCUUUCCCUGGUGGACUGGACCUGGAACGGCAGCGUAUACCACAAGAAAGACGACGCGAGCGUGCAAGUCCUUCAGAAGCCCAUGUUUGGCUGGGUAGCGAUUGUCGACCCCGCCAGCAAUCGGGAGUACUACUGGUGCCCGCGAGACGGCAAGGUGCAGUGGGACGUUCCGACCUUUUUGUCCUGAUAAUGGAAUUCGAGAAAAUAAAGAAUCACAGCUACAGAAGCAAAACUGAAUAAAGAACAACCUUAAAGCGGCCAUAUGAACAUUUUGCUGAUGGACCAACUGAGCUGAGCCUUGUCUUGUUGAUGUUGUGCGUAUGCACUGUAUCUCGCAUCGUAGUUUAGGACGAU